AUGACAAGCGCUGAACGUAUUCAUGAAUACUCAUUUCUGCCACCCGAAGAGGAUUUUGGUGGUAAUGGCCAACGAUUGGUAAACACUCCGCCUCAAUGGCCUAAUCUUGGUACAAUUCAAUUCCACAAUUAUUCAUUUCGCCAUCGAACAGGUCUUGAUUCUGUUCUGCGCGGACUUAAUCUUCACAUAAGGUCAAGAGAAAAACUUGGCAUCAUUGGUCGAACUGGCGCUGGCAAAUCUUCGCUCUUCAAAGGUCUUUUCCGUUUCGUUCAUCGAUCCAACAUUGACGGUACUAUCCUCAUCGAUGAUAUUGACAUAAGUCGAAUUACACUUGCUCAACUUCGCUCUCAUCUCAGUGUUAUUCCACAACAGCCGAUCCUGUUCAGCGGGACACUUCGAUACAAUCUCGAUCCAUGUCAUCUUUACUCUGAUGAACAAUGUUGGGCGGUGUUGGAAGAUGUUCAAUUAAAACAAUUUGUACAUGAGCAAUCCAAUGGUCUCGAGAUGAUGAUUAACGAAGGAGGAAGUAAUCUCAGUGCCGGCCAGUGUCAAUUGAUUUGUAUUGCUCGGGUGAUCUUGAAGAAAAGUAAAAUUAUACUGAUCGAUGAAGCAACAGCGAAUAUUGAUUACAAAACAGAUGAGAUUAUUCAACAAGUCAUCGCAAAAACAUUCCAAGAUCAAACUAUUUUGACUAUUGCACAUCGACUGAAUACAGUUGCUAGAAGCGAUCGAAUUGUCGUGUUAGACAAAGGUUUCAUCGUGAAUAUUGAUACACCAGCGCAGAUCUUCGAACAAUAUCAGUACGCGUCAAAGAAGCGUUUCUACAAUUAA